AUGAAGAAAGCACAAAUGAAGCUGGACAUGGAGAACGACAAGGCCACUGUAUUUGGAAAACCUGUGGAUUUGGUCUGUGCUCUGCAGGCUUUACCAGCCUGUUCAUACCCAGUUAGUGCCAUGGAAGAUGGAAGCAGCAGAGGACUGGAGUUGUCCCAGCUCCUUACGGACAUUAAGAAGCAUUAUGAAAAGAUUAUACACAGGAGUCGGAUGGAAUUAGAUGCCUGCAUCAGCACUCAGCUAUUGGAAGUCAGUGAUGCGGAGAUGAAUGAGGAUGAAGAUUCUCUGCAAGCUGCCAGGGCAGAGCUAAAUGAUGCCAGACGUCAAUGGCAAAGCCUUCAGGUGGAGAUUGAAUCUCUCCUUGCAUUGCAGAAGGGUUUAGAGAACUCCCUGCAGGUGACGGAGCAGAGGUAUGAGCUGCAGCUGAAGGGGCUGGCGUCUGUGAUUCACGAGCUGGAGGGGGAGUUACAGGAGGUCAGGAGAGACAUCGAGCACCAGGUUUGGGAACACGAACUAUUGCUCAAUACGAAGAUGAGAUUGGAGAGAGAGAUAGCAAUGUACCGGAGUCUCCUGGAUAGAGAGGAGGGCAGGCUCUCUGGCGCUACUUCUGAUGGCUAUCAAUCAUCCUGCAGCAGCUUCAGUCGGAAAGAAUUGGCCCUCCCUUCGGGGUUUGAUCGAAGAGCUUCUGCAGCAGCUUCUGCCAUCGCGAACCGCUUGGAGCAGAGGAUUGAGAUGGUGGCGACACAAGAGAUUUUAAGUCGCAACUCAGUGGCUGCAAGUUCAAAAGCUCAUGGCAAAAUUCAAACAGAGAAAGUGGACGAGGUUAUCAAAGAGUGGGAAUGCUCCUUUUUCAAAGAUAAUCCACACCUCCGGAAGAAAUCCACAUCACUCCGGUUUGACCUGCACCUGGCAGCGAUGGACGAAGGCUGCUCACAGACCAAGCAAGGCAGCCUCCCUGACAUCGAACUCAGGCUGGUGAUGAGAAAAUCAAGUAGCAUUCCGUCUCUCAAAUCAUAACUGUCACCAAAGCGCAGCAUAACAUGUGUGAUAUGCAACACGCACUAUCCUCAAUCUCUACUUGAAGCUCUUGCAUUAACCUAAUGGGUGUAUAA